AGCCUCCCUCCCUCGGCGCCCAAUAACUAGUACUAACUAGUACCAGGGGCAGUUGUACUACCACUAGUGCGAACUGGGAAACUCAAGAACGAGUGAGUGAUCAGAUCGGCGACCACUGACCAGAGUCCAGAUCGAGCUAGCAAAAGCUCGCCGGCCGGGCUGGUUGCCUGACCGCCGCCGCAUGCCAUGGGGGUGCCUUCCUUCUACAAGUGGCUCGUGGGCAAGUACCCAAACAUCGUCGUCCCCGCCAAGGAAGACGACGAAUUAUUAGCUGGCGCCGGCAGCACGUCGUCGUCGUCGUCGUCGCCGCCGGGGGACGAACAAACCCAAGCUGCAGGCGGCCCCAAUGGCGUCUACCACAACCUGUACCUCGACAUGAACGGCAUCAUCCACCCCUGCUUCCACCCGGAGGACCAGGUGUACCCGCCGACGACGUUCGACGAGGUGUUCGCGGCCAUGUUCGACUACAUCGACCGCCUCUUCCGCAUCGUCAGGCCUACCAAGCUGCUCUACUUGGCAGUAGAUGGUGUUGCUCCCCGCGCCAAGAUGAACCAGCAGAGGUCUAGGCGCUUCAAGGCUGCCAAGGACGCUAAAGAAGCGGAACUGGAGGAGAAGCUUCUGAGGGAGAAGUUCAGAGCUGAAGGGAGGGAGGUGCAGCCGCGGGAGACAAAUGAGGUUUCGGAUCCCAACGUCAUCACACCAGGGACGGAGUUCAUGGAGAAGCUCUCCAAAGCCCUCGAGUACUACAUCCGUUCCAGGUUGAACAGUGACCCCGGGUGGAAAGGCAUCAAGGCAAUACUCUCUGAUUCAAAUGUACCUGGAGAAGGUGAACACAAGAUCAUGUCUUUCAUCCGGGGACAACGGAGCCUGGAGAGCUAUGAUCCAAACACAAGGCACUGCUUGUAUGGACUGGAUGCUGACCUGAUCAUGCUCGCUUUGGCAUCUCACGAACUCCACUUUUCGAUUUUGCGUGAGGAUGUGUUACGAUCGACCCAGCCAGAAAAUUGCAUCCCUCUAUCUAAAGAACUGUUCAAAACUGAAGAUUCCUCAAGAAAAUGUAGAGGAUGGUUCCCCCGCAUGACAGAAACAACUGCUAGUAGGGACAGGUCUCCCAAGAAACCUUAUCAGUUUUUGAACAUAUGGGUUCUGAGGGAGUACCUGGAGCUUGAUUUGAAGAUACCAAACCCGGUUGUCAAAACGGAUAUCGAGAGACUAAUAGAUGAUUUCAUAUUUAUCUGUUUCCUGACAGGAAAUGACUUCAUUCCACAUAUUCCUUCAGUUGAAAUUCAUGAGGGUGCAAUUGAUCUGCUGUUGGAAGUGUACAAACAAGCAUUUAACAAAAUGGGGGGCUACAUUGUGAGCACCGAGAAGUUAAAAGACAAACAUGCUGCAUAUCUUAAAGUUUUGAGGUUGGAAAAGUUUUUUCAUGAACUGUCCUUGUGUGAAGAGAAAAUUUUUGUUAAAAGAUAUGAACUGCGAGAGAGGUUACAGCGCAAUUUAGUGCGCCGAGCUGCAGAGGAAUGGAAAGAAAGAAACUAUGACAAUAUGGAAGAAAAUCCUGAUGGUCCAGACUUGACAGUAAAGUCUUUUUCAACAAACGGUGGUAUUUGCACCAACAGCCAAGAUGAGUCAGAUGUAGGGAAGAGCUUACCUAUUUUUUCUCUACUUUUAUUGGAUAUCUGGAAAUUACCUUAUCACUUCUCCGUAACUGCAAAUACCUUGGAGCUGAGGCGAAACUUAAAGGAUACUCUUCGUAACAAGCAAGACAUUGUAAAAAGUGGAGCCUGUAAACAUGAUGCGAUAAGAUUGGGAUUUGCUGGGUGGAAAUCUCGAUUCUUCAGGGAAAAGUUUGGUGUGGAAAAAUCUAAUGAAGUUGGGAAGCUGAAGAAUGACAUGGUUCAAAAGUAUCUGGAAGGACUUUGUUGGGUGCUGCGGUACUAUUUUGCAGAUGUGCCAUCAUGGAGCUGGUACUACCCCUUCUAUUAUGCUCCUUUCACAUCUGAUUUUAAAGGACUAUCACAGUUCAAGAUAUCUUUCACCGCUGAUAAGCCACUAAGACCAUUUGAUCAGCUCAUGGCAGUUCUUCCAAAAGAAAGCUCAUGUGCACUACCAAAGUGUUACAGAGAACUGAUGGAAAAUGAAGAGUCUUUGAUAAAAAAAUUCUACCCGUCAGAUCUACAGAUUGAUACCCAUGGGAAACGUUUCUUGUGGCAAGGUAUCGCAAUGUUGCCAUUCAUCGAUGAAAAGCUGCUGACUUCGGCUACCAAGACGGUGGAGGACAAACUUGCAGUGCAUGAGAUAAAUAGAAACACAGUUCGGCAAGACAAGAUCUUCCUGAGGAACUCAAAUACUACGCCAAAUGGUUCAGCUUUUGUGGAGACAUCUGACUGUUCAUCAAAAAUGCUUCCGUUGGAUCCAUCUACCAGCGAACUUGGAGGGCGGCUGUCGCCUGUUGACGACGAUAGUAUAAGCUGUGGCUUCUUCCGUUCACCGAUAAGAGAUCUACAGGACAUUAGAAACGACCAGACAAUAUCAUUCUUGUUCUCCAACCCAGAACCAGUAACAAUUAUUCCAAGACUACUUGAUAAUGUCAAAAAACCUGAAAAGACUGUAUCUGAAACUGAGAUUUCUAAGAGGCCGCUGUGGCACACCUAUCCUGGUAGCUGGCCGCCGCCUGAAACCAUCUCAACCAUGACAGAACCGCAGCCGAUGAUCAGCGGCUUUGGACGUGGGAGAGGGAGAGCCAUCGCUGCCGAGACAGCACUGCCUAGCCGUGGCCACGGGAGAAGUUUCUAUGGGGCUGACAUGGUUCAAAGCCAUGGAGGCAGCAGGAAUGACAGAGGUGGCGCCUACACAUUCGGAAGCGCUUGUGCAGGAAGAGGGCAGUAUGGUGGCGCGUUCCAGAGGCAGCAGACGGCUUGGCGCCCAGUUGGGAAUUCAGGCGGCCGUGGUGGGAGCGAACAGCGACGUGGUUGGUAA